AUGGCGGUCACUACAUUGGAGAGAUUCACAUGCUUUACCAAACUACCUCCCGAGCUCCAGUUGAUAGUUUGGUCCUUUUGUCCCUAUGUCGACAAACAGGUCAUUAAUAUCGCAGAUGAAUCGGAUGUAGUUUUGGGUAUAGGUUCAUAUAGCGGCAUCGAUAGAAGAGGAAAUAGACUGAAUCCACUUGCAAUGGACUUCCCAGAGGCAAAUUUUAUCAAUGUCCAGUACAAAGUUCCCUUACCUUUGCAAAUCUGCCAACAGUCCAGAAACGUAGCUCUUCAGCAUUACCGACGAGUUGCUACUACAUAUGGCGAUACCAAGUACGGAUCACCUUUCUACAUUAACUCCAAUCAGGAUUCUAUUAUUUUUGAGGACAUAAUAGCCGUUACGCCACCUCCCCAACUUCCAACUAAUUCUUUUUGGAGGUAUAACGGAAAAACUCUUUCAACUCCCGAUGGUGAAAAUCUCUGCACUUCAGUGGCCACUUGUUGGGCUACGAUCGAGCCUCCAACUAUAGAUCAUCUUCUAUAUACGCUGUCCAAAUUCCCAGAUGUUAAACAUUUAUACUUUCUUGAUUGCCCUUCUGGACCCUUCCCUGUGUCACAUAUGUCGAACUAUAACAUACAGUGGAUGGGCAGGGAUAGAAUGGAGGAGCUUGCCAAUGGAUACAUAGAUUUGCUAUUGAAGGUGACGGUAGGUGGAACGUGUAAUUGUUCACCAGACUCAACAGAUAUAAAGGAACGCAAGGGUAUCUUCCGGAGCACUUGGGUGUUGCCACUAAUAAGCUGCAUUACCAUCUAA